AUGGGCGUUCGGGGCGGCGGGCAGGGCUGGGUGGGCUGGCCGCGCUGUUGCCUUGCAGCGAGCUUGGUGCUGGCCGCAGUGGCCGGGCCGCUCGCAACUGGAGAGUGGGAGCCCGCAGAGGGGCCGCCCGAGCCCCGCGGCCGCUCCCCUUUCCAGCCCAGCACCGGCCUGCCCCCGGUGGAGUUCGGGGCGGUUGUUGCGGCCUCGUACCGGGGCCCUGGGAACGGCGACACCCGCCGCAACCGGGAGCUGCCUAUCCUGCUGUGGUGGAGCCCGGGCCUCUUCCCGCACUUCCCAGGGGACACGGAGCGCAUCGACUGCGCGCGCCAUUCCUGCCUGGUGACCCGGCGCCGGCGCGUGGCGCUGCACCAGCGCACUAAGGCUAUCAUCUUCUACGGGACGGACUUCCGGGCCUACGAGGCCCCGCUGCCGCGGCUGCCCCACCAGACCUGGGCGCUGCUCCACGAGGAAUCCCCCAUGAACAACUACCUGCUCUCCCACCGGCCCGGCAUCAGCCUCUUCAACUACACGGCCACCUUCCGGAGGGAGUCGGACUAUCCCCUGACCCUGCAGUGGCUGCCCAGCCUGGAUUACCUGCGCCGGGCCGCCCUGCCGCUGGCGGAAAAGGAGCGGUGGCGAAAGCGGGGCUAUGCCCCGGUGCUGUACGUGCAGUCCCACUGCGAUGUCCCCUCCGACAGGGACAGAUACGUGCGGGAGCUGAUGAAGUACAUCCAGGUAGACUCCUAUGGUAAAUGCCUGAAUAACCGAGAGCUUCCCAGUGAGAGGCUGAGGGACACUUCUACAGCCACAACAGAGGAUUCUGAAUUCAUGACCUUUAUCUCCAGGUACAAGUUUCAUCUUGCGAUGGAGAAUGCCAUAUGCAAUGACUACAUGACCGAGAAGCUGUGGCGUCCAAUGCAUUUGGGCGCCAUCCCUGUAUACCGAGGCUCCCCAUCUGUGCGGGACUGGAUGCCUGAUGAACUCUCCAUCAUCCUCGUGGAUGAUUUCCGAAGCCCCCAAGAGCUUGCACAGUUCCUUUACUUCCUGGACAGGAAUGGAGAGGAGUAUUUGAAAUACCUAGAGUAUAAGAAGCCGGGAGGCAUUACAAACCAGUUUCUGCUGGAGAACAUGGAGAGGCGUGAGUGGGGAGUGAAUGACAUGACUUUGCCCAAUUACCUGAACGGCUUUGAGUGUUUCAUCUGUGACAGGGAGAACAUCCGAGUCGCUGGUGAGAGGGAUCAUAAGAAAUCUCGUGGGAAAGUGCCAGCUCCUGAACCCCACAUAGCUCAGUUCACACACAUGGGGUGUCCCAUGCCAGCCCCUGGCUUUGGAAACAUUGAGGAUCUCUCUGCAGGAGACAGCUGGAAGGAGAUGUGGCUACAGGAUUAUUGGCAGAGUCUUGACCAGGGUGAGGCUCUCACCACCAUGAUUCACCACAACGAGUCUCAUCAGGGAAGAUUUUGGGAUUAUAUGCAUGAGAUCUUCCUGAAGAGGACCAGACAGCAAUGACCAUCGUCAUGAGCACCUGGUACAGUGUUACAUGGAAGGCUGGGAUUUAUUCAUAGAUUAUAGGACUGGAAGGGACCUCGAGAGGUCAUCGAGUCCAGUCCCCUGCCCGCAUGGCAGGACCAAAUACUGUCUAGACCAUCCGUGAUAGACAUUUAUCUAACCUACUCUUAAAUAUCUCCAGAGAUGGAGAUUCCACAACCUCCCUAGGCAAUUUGUUCCAGUGUUUAACCACCCUGACAGUUAGGAACUUUUUCCUAAUGUCCAACCUAGACCUCCCUUGCUGCAGUUUAAACCCAUUGUUUCUGGCUCUAUCCUUAGAGGCUAAGGUGAACAAGUUCUCUCCCUCCUCCUUAUGACACCCUUUUAGAUACCUGAAAACUGCUAUCAUGUCCCCUCUCAGUCUUCUCUUUUCCAAAUUAAACAAACCCAAUUCUUUCAGCCUUCCUUCAUAGGUCAUGUUCUCAAGACCUUUAAUCAUUCUUGUUGCUCUUCUUUGGACCCUUUCCAAUUUCUCCACAUCUUUUUUAAAAUGCGGCGCCCAGAACUGGACACAAUACUCCAGCUGAGGCCUAACCAGAGCAGAGUAGAGCGGAAGAAUGACUUCUCGUGUCUUGCUCACAACACACCUGUUAAUACAUCCCAGAAUCAUGUUUGCUUUUUUUGCAACAGCAUCACACUGUUGACUCAUAUUUAGCUUGUGGUCCACUAUAACCCCUAGAUCCCUUUCUGCCGUACUCCUUCCUAGACAGUCUUUUCCCAUUCUGUAUGUGUGAAAUUGAUUUUUCCUUCCU